AUGGCGGAUUCUUUGGGGAAAUUAAAAGAGGACGAUGAAGCUCCUUGUUCUGGGAACGAUGAAGUUCCCGGUUCUAUCAAGGGCAUUCUGUGUCAAUCGUGUUUAAGUAAGGAUAAGCAAACUGAAGCUGAGAAGUUUUGUUUAGAUUGCAACGAACACCAGUGUACUGAAUGCAUUAAAGUACAUAACGUACUUUCUAUCGUCAAAACUCACAAAUUUGUGAAUGCGGAUACAGAUGUAAUGAAACAACGAUCCUUUGAUAUAAAGGGAUUAGAGCGAUGUAAUCAACACAAAAAGUUGAUAAAAUUUUUCUGCGAAGAUGAGAAUCAGCUCUGUUGUAGUACCUGUGCUAUAGUUGACCAUCGUAAAUGUGAAAGCGUUGUAGAAGUUCAAAAGCUUGCUGGGAAUUUGAUGUCUUCAAAUUCAUUGAUAAAGGAAAAAUUGCUGGCUAUCAAAGAAAAGGCUGAGGGCAUAAUUGAACAAAUCAUGUCCUCAAGAGAGAAAUUAGACCAAGACGUAAAUAGAAUUCCAGAAACAAUUAAACAAGUGCGAGAUGAAGUUAUUCGAAUGUUUGAAGAUUUGGAAGUUUCCAUCGUUAAAAGAGCCAAAUCUUUUCAGGCAGAAUCACAUACAAAACUUACAAAAAGGCAAACGCGAACCGAUAAUUAUUUAUCUGAUGCAAGAACGCGUUUGGAAACAAUUGAUAGCGUUUACAGGAAUGGAAGUUCAGCUCAACAAUUCAUUGUAGAACAUAUCAUGGAAAAUGACGUCAAAACUCUCUACACAAACGUUUCUGAGGAAUAUCAAAACUUAGAGACGGCGAGUGCUUCUUUUCAUUUUGACGAAACAAUAAAUCUGCCACCACUUCCAAUUACUGAAUAUGUUCCGGGACAACUCACCUUACAGUUUCUUCGACAAGGAGAUAUGAGUGCAGAUAUGUCAUUAACACCAGUUUCUUCUAUUGAUUUAAAGAAGACGGGAGAUGACAGAAGUGAACCGUUAUAUACAGGAAUAGACUUUCUACCCGAUGGAAGAGUGGUAGCGGUUGAUAAUGAAAACAAAAAAUGUUUAGUGUAUAAUGAGAAGCUGGAGAAAGUAGGAUCAUGUCAAUUAUCCUAUGUCCCACAGUCUGUUGUUGCUGUAACUGAGGAAGAAGUAGCGAUAACAAGUGGUAGCGAUUAUAGAGUAGAAUUUUUUAAAGUUAGAAAAUCUAACGAAAUAAUUUCAUUACGAAAAUUUGAAGUAAAAACGAAGUACGACUCUAUUUGUUUAAAAGAUAACAGACAAUUUAUUGUAGGGACUAUUGAUUACCAAAGACCUGUACGUAUUUUAACAUUGACAGGAGUGGAAAAAGAUUUUAGUAUGAUGUUUUCGAACAAAACAUAUUCUUUAGACGCAAACGCUUGUACUUAUAUUCGGAGCAGUGACAAAGUGGUGAUUGCAGAAAGAUACGAGCAUACGGUCUACAUUUAUGACGCCAAGACAAACACGAAAGUAGAAGUAAAGGAUGAUCGAAUACAGAACCCAUGCGGUGUAGCAGUUGGUCCUUCUGAUACUAUCUUUGUUUGCAGUAAUGGAACAGACUCCAUCGUGCAGAUAUCACAAACAGGUCAGAUCUUGUCAUCACACAAGAUAUAUAUGGAUUUGCCGUAUAAGGCAUGUGUCUCACGUGAUAAAUCAUUUCUUGUUGUUACAAAUAGUUGUAUUGGGAAUCUUAAACUAAAGAAAUUCAAAAUAUCAUGA